GUAGGAAAGACAGCUCACGGCAUGGAUGUUACCUUGCCCAGUCGGUGCUUGAUGGACCGGGACCGUGACCGUGACCACCUUUGACACAAGUGGGUGUAGGUAUGUAUCGCGUGUAUGUAUAUGUGCCUGUGCUUGUGUCCGGGCUUUUCGGGGUUGCGAUCCCUUGGACCCUUCCCCUCGCCCUAAAACGGGAGCCAAAGAGACGUGGCGGCUGCAGUGGAAGGCGCCGCAAAAGGGUCAUGAGAAAAAAAAAAAAAAGGGACUCUCGGUUGCAUUCUCGUAAGGCACUCCCCUGUCUGUUUUGGAGCGGAUUGGGGUACUGUGUACUGCUAUACUUGCACAGUACAAAAGAAAAGUCCUCUCACCCUCAUCAUGAUCGCGAUAUCGCGUUGCUUCCGUGUGAUUGGGACCUUUCUUAAUGGACGGCGGAGAGUUGGACCCCCGACACGACCCCUCACACGGCCGGAGCUUUUGUCCCUGAACCCUGGUUCGAGUUUGAGUGUAGGCAAGGUUGAGGAUUGCGCUUGAGUUCUUUUUUCACAUGUCUUUCAUC